CAAUCAGAAUCCAUUUUAACAUUCGAUCAAGAAAUUAUAUAGAGAGAGAAAGUCUAGAGAGAGAGAAAAUGUCGGGCGUUGCGAGUCAGCCGGCGGCGGAGGAAGAUAAGAAGCCCAACGACCAAUCGGCUCACAUCAAUCUCAAGGUCAAGGGCCAGGAUGGUAAUGAAGUUUUCUUUAGAAUCAAAAGAAGCACCCAACUGAAGAAACUUAUGAAUGCUUACUGCGAUCGACAAUCUGUGGAGAUGAACUCAAUCGCCUUCUUGUUUGAUGGGCGGCGUCUCAGAGGGGAGCAAACUCCUGAUGAGCUGGAGAUGGAGGAUGGUGAUGAGAUUGAUGCGAUGUUGCACCAAACUGGUGGAUCAACUGUUUGAACAAUGCACUACUGCUCCGUUAAUUAUGUGGAUUUUAAACUUUCAGUACUUGAAUUUUACAUUUGGAUGUUUGCUGGAUGUUUAAUGAAUGGGCCAGUUAUGACCAAUGGAUGGACAAUAUGACUUGUGGUAGCAAACACACACUCUCUCUCUAUCUCUCUCUAAACUGGUAUGUUGUUGUGGUGAGCUACGUAAUGAGGUUACCAUGUGUAUUUAUUCUGAAGUAUUGUGAUAUGUGCCUAAUUUUUAAUUGAAAUUGGGACUACGCGUUUCAGAUA